UUACGGUAUAUCUUUUACUUUUAUAUUGUAAAUGCAUGUAUAUAUAUACAGUAUAUUUCAAUGUAGAGUAUAAUAUGUAUUUUUUAUGACACUUUGUGUGUUAUUAAUGUAAUCACCAAAUAAAUUGAUAAAUUGCAUUGUAAGGUAUGGUUAGAUGUAUAGUAUAGUUGUGUGUCUGUAUGUGUCAUAUAAUGAGUUAUGGCUCACUAUAACAUGGCUUUUGCUGGCGACGAGUUUGACGCUAUGGACACCUCAGUGGAUGCCUAUCCCGAACCCGACACCAGUGCCACACCAGUUGACGACAACACAAGUGUCUCAUCCAAGACAGGUCAGCCUUUCGGCUCAUUUACUUUUAUCGAUUUUUGUCCACAAUAUCGACGAAAACCCGACUCCUGGUUCUUUCAGGCAGACUAUCAAACAUUUAGUGAAGUGUUUCAUCAAAUCAAUGAAUGGUUGAGUGAUAAUCCCAAAUGGCAGGUGAAGACAGCAGAGACACUGAUUUAUGACUCGACCAAUGGUUUCGGUCAAAGACUACCGUUUUUUGCCGGUAAACAACUCAAACGAAAUCUUAGGGGAAUCAGGUUAUGGCUAAUACCACGACAACCACAUCAACGAAAUAGUCCACAAAAAAUUGGAUGCAUUAAUGUUGUGCCCAGAAUUAAAAUUACUAAUAAUAAUAAUAAUAAUAAUAAUAAUAACAAUAUUAAUAAUAUUAAUAUUAAUAACACCGACGACACAGACAAAAGUGAUAUUUUGUCGACUGAUUUAAACUUAGAUAAUAUAGACAUCGAUAGUGAGACACAAUCGUCGCCACCGAUUGAUAUAAUUAAUGAAAGCACUCAAUCAUCGUUGUUAUCGUCAAAACCAGUAUAUGAAUCAUUAGAUGAAAUGCUGGUUCGCGUCAAUGAUUUAUUUGCUACAAAACCAUUAGAAGGACGAAUAUUGAGUGUAGAGACAGUGCCCAUACCUGUCGAGAGUACCAACUGGUCGGUCAACACUGAGACCUCUUACUGGUCGUAUGACUAUCAAAAAAAUAAUAACACUGUCUAUAUUUUGAGGAUUUAUUUUGAAUACGGAAACCCCGCUUAUGAGAGGUUAGAAAUUAUCGAUUUUAUACCAAAAGUCCAAAUAUGGGACACACCUUUGGCUGUACCCGUCUAUGAAUCGUUUUCCAGUUUAUUGAGUCGGUCGUCGCAAUGGCUAAGAAAUGAGAGCCAAAACAUUAGAUUUUUAUCAUCCAAUACUGUGGAGACACCCAUAGAUUAUGCAUUUAAUACCGAAUCUAUUAAAGAAAACUUAAACGAAGACAAUGAUAGUAUCGAUAGCCGUAAAAUGUUUUAUAUAAAUAAUAAUAAUAAUAAUAAUAGUUUGGUCACUGGCGGUGAUAAACCCAAUGGUGUCGUAACCAAUGAGUUUUCAUUGAAAUUUUUACGACUAGCCGUAGCUAAACAACAACAACAAGAGCCGUGUCCUGACUCGAGUCCUGUGAUAUUAAAUUGCAAAAUCUUUGUGCCAACAAAAAUUGCAAACCCUUUGAAUACAAAUUCACCUGAAUUUGAAAGCGUGACCUCAAGUAAACGUAAAAUCGAGGCCUGGCUUAUGGCUACAGGCGCUCAUGUAUUGUCAGCUGAAACCACUGUCAUAUCGAUCCCAUUCAGCUCGAGCUCUAUCGCCACUACAGUUGACUCGUGUCUCAAAUCAAACCUAUCGGUGGCCGGACAUCACCUGACAAUAUAUCGUAUCUAUUUGGACGGCCAUUGCUUGGAACCGCCGGCACGUCUAUUGCCACUCAAUCUAAACGAUGACAAAAAUAAUAACAAUCAACACGACUCGUGUAUUAUUAUGCUUUAGCCCAGGGAUCGGCGGCCAACAAAGCGGGUCCGUGACCAUAGGCAACUGG